UCUAUAGUUCAGUUCAGCUCAGAGAGACUCAGACUCACACCACCAUUGUUUCACUUCAAGAUCUUCAUCCCCAUCACUCUCAUCACAUCACUACCCAGUGAUUUCACCUUCCAAAGUUCAAAUCUUUCUUCCAUUGGGUCCAAGAAAAUGCUCACUUUCCGCACAAUCACCAGCAUUUUCCUCUUCUUCUUCUCCGUUUGGGGGUGCUGCCAUGGCCAAAUCUACACCUUCACCAUGCACCACCGCUACUCUGAGGCGGUCAAGAAAUGGUCCCACUCCGCCGCCGGAGCUCCUGAGAAGGGAACCUUUGAAUACUACUCUGAGUUGGCUGACCGUGACCGCUUCCUCCGCGGCCGCAAGCUCUCCCAAAUCGGCGCCGGACUCGCUUUCUCUGACGGCAACUCCACCUUCCGCAUUAGCUCUCUUGGAUUUUUGCAUUAUACAACAGUUCAACUUGGGACACCAGGAGUGAAGUUCAUGGUGGCGCUUGAUACGGGAAGUGACCUGUUCUGGGUACCCUGUGAUUGCACUAGAUGUGCAACUACUGAUAGCACAGCCUUUGCUUCAGCCUUAGCUUCAGAUUUUGACCUUAGUGUGUAUAGUCCUAAUGUAUCUUCCACUAGCAAAAAGGUCACUUGUAACAAUAGCCUGUGUAUGCACCGCAACCAAUGCCUUGGGACAUUCAGCAACUGCCCUUACAUGGUCUCUUAUGUCUCUGCCGAAACGUCUACGUCAGGAAUACUAGUGGAGGAUGUUCUGCACUUGACGAAUGACGAUAAUCACCAUGGCCUUGUAGAGGCAAAUGUCAUAUUCGGCUGUGGACAAGUUCAGAGUGGAUCAUUCUUAGAUGUUGCUGCUCCCAACGGUUUGUUUGGGCUUGGCAUGGAGAAAAUAUCAGUUCCUAGCAUGUUGUCAAGGGAAGGCUUCACAGCAGAUUCGUUCUCCAUGUGUUUUGGACGCGAUGGUAUUGGAAGAAUAAGUUUUGGGGACAAGGGAAGUCUUGAUCAAGAUGAGACUCCAUUUAAUAUGAACCCAUCCCAUCCCACGUAUAACAUCACAGUCACUCAAGUCCGGGUAGGAACAACUCUAAUUGAUUUGGAAUUCACUGCUCUUUUUGAUUCCGGGACCUCCUUCACAUAUUUGGUUGAUCCACCCUAUACAAAUGUCUCUGAGAGUUUUCAUUCCCAAGUACAAGAUAGGCGGCGUCCUGUUGAUUCAAAAAUCCCCUUCGAAUAUUGUUAUGAUAUGAGUCCUGAUGCAAAUACCAGCUUGCUCCCUAGCGUGAGUUUAGCUAUGGGAGGUGGAAGCCAUUUUGCUAUUUCUGAUCCUGUAAUUAUUAUCUCUACUCAGAGUGAGCUUGUAUAUUGUCUAUCACUUGUGAAGAGUGCUGGGCUUAACAUAAUUGGACAAAACUUUAUGACUGGUUACCGUGUUGUAUUUGACCGGGAAAAGCUCAUACUGGGAUGGAAGAAAUCUGAUUGUUUUGAUGACAUUGAGGAUCAUAAUGCUGUACCAACAAGACCACACUCAGAUAAUGUACCUCCUGCUCUCGCCGCGGGUCUUGGCAAUUAUCCGGCAACCGGAAAGACCAAUGACAAUUCUCAACAGUCAACUGCAUCACCGUCGUCACAUUAUAGCUUCGGAUUUCUAGUACUUCGUUUUGUUUACAUGUUUUGGGUCCAUUCAUUUGUAUAGAGGGUACUGGUUGUUUAUUGUAAACUUCAGCACAAUUUUUAAAAUCUAAAUGUUGAUAUUAGAGCAUCUUUUCUUUUGCCACUCUUUUAGUAUAGUCAGGUGUAGCAUGUGUAACAUUUUUUCUCUCAUGAUAUAACACUGUAACUGCUAUGUCUGUUUCAAAUUCUAUCAGUAAUCAGUCUCUUGUG